ACCUUCUGUUCGCGUGAAGACUCCGAACUGUACUACUUUGGUACUACUAUAUCUCAGCUUGUUCCAGUCGUUCCAACCAUUGUUGACGGCUAGAACCAUCGUAUGGGGCAAGGGCGCAUGUAACAUAUGCACCCUCUUUUGUCUCAAACUCGUGGCUGCCUCAGAACUGGCUCUCGAUGUCAUGCACAUUUUGCUACGCGUCGCGCAUUCAAAACUUCCAACGCGUUAUACGAGGAGCUCAUUAAUGACACGCCAUCAGCUAGCAGCUCAACAAUAACGAAGAAAGUCGCGACCAGGACAAAGAAGAAAUUCUCAGAACUCCCAAAGCAGUUAGUCAACGCCGAUGGCUCGUUCGUCUCCCCUCUCCCCGAGUGGACAGGUGGUUUAGAAGUCUCUUCUAUUACAAAACAUCCGGAUGAGUUGCAGUUACGCGAGUCAAUGACACAAAGCAUUACAAAGGUUAGAAGAUCAAGGAAGAAGAAAAUUGACGAUGCUAGUCUGAGAGAACAAGCCGACGAUACUGCAAAUGGAGUUGCCCUGGACACUCAUACAGAUGUCAUCCCGAAACCGAGGCGCAAAAGGAAACCCAAAAUUGAUACUGCAACUAAGGUGGUAGAAGAGCCUGUUUCCGUAGUGAAUGAGCCGGAUACUCCUUUGGCAAGAGACAUCCUCGGCAAUCUCGCCCGCUUUCCUCAUUGCAUCCUGCUUACCCGCGUCGGAGGAUUCUACGAGUCUUACUUCGACCAGGCGGCAGAAGUAUCUCGACUUUUAAACAUCAAACUGACCACAAAGUCAUGGGGUGGACAACGCGUCCUCAUGUGUGGAUUUCCACUAAUGCAUCUUAACAAAUACCUCAAAGUCUUAGUGCAGAACAACAAACGCUUUGUUGCCAUCUGCGAGGAAUUCGUCCGCGACCGUUCUCUUGGACCCAAGGGAGGCUUCGAUAGGCGUGUUACCCGAAUUGUUACACCGGGAACACUGAUCGACGAACCUUUCUUGAAUCCAUAUGAAAAUAACUAUUUAAUGGCGAUAACGUCUGAGGGCGAAACUCGAACCGCUCUUAAAGGGGAAGAACCAACAUCACCGCCAAUAGGCCUUGCUUGGAUAGAUGUUUCCACUGGGGACUUCUUCACGCAGCGUACAACAUUACAGGCUCUUCGUGACGAGCUGGUUCGCAUUGGCCCAAAAGAAGUCGUGCUCGAUGAGGAUCUCAAGGACAAGCCUGGUCACGAAUUCCGGCAAGCACUUGAUGAAGAAGGUUUCUUUGUCUCUUACAUUGCUCCUCGUCGGGACUCUGAACUUGGUUCGGAACCGGUGGAUACAACGAGCGAUGAUGUUGUAUCUCAUUUGGAACCCGCUAUUGCGCUGAAAACAGCGUUGUUGAGUAGCGCGGAGACCACUGCCGUAAAACUCCUGACGGCUUUCAUGCACGCAAACCUCUUGGAAUACAUGCCUCGUCUAGCUUCACCAAGUAGGGAGUCAAGCACUGGUCGGAUGCAGAUAGAUGCACAUACCAUCAAAGCUCUUGAGAUACGAGAAAGCAUGAGGGAAGGCGGGACAACUGGGAGCCUCUUGAGCGUUGUGAAGAAAACAAUUACAACGAGCGGCACCCGUCUGCUUGCCCGAUGGCUUUGCUCUCCAAGUACAUCUGUCGUUGAGAUCAACACUCGUCAAUCGCUUGUGGCACUCUUCAAAUCGCGAACGCAUCUCCGCGCCGAUCUUGUGCAAUACCUGAACGACAUCGAAGAUGCCGCUCGCAUUGUACAGAAGUUUCUCUUAGGCCGUGGUGAUGCUAGUGACCUAUUGGCCAUCUGUAACACUAUCAAUAUCUGGACUUCCAUACAGAACCGUAUUCGCCUGGAACGUGAAAUGGAGCAAAGACGUGGUGCCCCAUUGGAAAAUGACUGGGCAAGCCUUGAUGCAUUACUUACAAGAGUCUCUGACCUUGGCGACCUGGCACGCACGAUUGAUCGUGCUCUUGCUCGUCGAGACCAAGAUACACGUUCCCCAGUCACCGACGAAGGAGCUGCAGAUAGCUCAGGCAUAGAUGGUUUCGACUCCACUCUUACUGAUACCUUGGAUGGACCUUCUUCGCCAUCUGGCAUUCAGGGCAACUGGACUAUAAAGCCCGAGUUUUCAGAAUACCUCACUAAUCUGCAUGCAACCUUAUCUGACCUCGUGAAUCGGAGAGAGAAACUUGAACGGAGGCUUCAGGCUGAAUACGAUGCUCCAUCGCUGACUCUUAGAUCCAGCCCAGCGCAAGGAAUGCAUGUUCACAUUGGCAGGGCCAAGCGCGAUCAAACCAAAAUUAAAGCAGAUCCUCAGUUUAUCCAAAUAUCUGAGAGUGCAUCCACCAGCAUAUUCUUCAACCAAGAAUGGUCUCAACUGGGUGCUCAAAUCCUGGAUACCACAACGGCCAUUUAUGUCGCCGAGCGGGAGGCCUUCGAAACUUUGCGUAGUGAGGUCAAUGUACAUACUUCUCAUCUGCGGAAAAAUGCUCGCAUCGUGGACGAGCUGGAUGUCACACUUGCUUUCGCCAAUCUCGCAGAAGAGAUGAACUUUGUGAGACCUGUAGUAAGAGAAGAUACGUCUUAUCACGUCGUUAAUGGUCGACAUCCUACUGUGGAAUUAGGCCUGCUUACCUCGGGACGAGUCUUCACGCCAAACACAGUUUCGCUCUCCACGGACGCACCUAUUCAUAUCAUCACAGGACCCAAUAUGGCUGGGAAGUCCACUUUACUCCGCCAAACCGCUCUCAUCACCAUUCUGGCUCAAACGGGUUCAUUCGUCCCUGCAGACUCUGCUGAAAUAGGGAUCGUUGACCGAGUGUUCUCUCGUGUUGGGGCGAAAGACGAUCUCUUUAGAGACAGGAGCACAUUCAUGGUGGAGAUGUUGGAAACGGCAGACAUCUUGCGCCGUGCAACGCCAAAGAGCCUGGUCAUUAUGGACGAGGUCGGGAGAGGCACUACAGUGGAUGAUGGUCUUGCCAUAGCGUUUAGUGCUAUCCAUCAUCUCCUCAACAUGAACGGUUGUCGCGUUCUCUUCGCCACCCACUUUCACGAGUUGGCGGAUAUGCUCGGCCACUCAGAGGAAGACAAGGGUAGCGGUCUGUUCAGAGCUGUUCGCUUCUACUGUACAGAUGUCGAUGAGACAGAGGACGGUUAUUUUGCGUACUCUCACCGGCUUCGACCGGGCGUAAACCGAGACAGUCAUGGAUUGAAGGUGGCUCAGCUUGCAGGAAUGCCUCCUUCUGCCAUUGGGAUAGCCACAAACGCGAUGAACUGGCUGAAAGCUCGUCGCAGCGAAGGGCAUGGCGUUCGGAGCAAAGCUGAACUCCGGUCACUGGGCCAAAUGCUCGCGGAAACACAACAUUCGGAUACCCGACAAUAUAUUACCGUACCUUCCAUGCUAUAGAUAUUGUGAAUGCCUGUAUAUCUAGGUGUACAUCCUGAUGAGACUAAGAAUAAUAGCUCAAUUUAUUGGAUCUGCGACCUGAUGUGGUUCAGUGCAG